ACCAAUAUUCUCGCUGGCUCACAUCUCUAGAAAAAAUAAAAAGCUUAAAACAGAACCAAAAAGCAGAAAACGUAAGCCUUGUUUUAUUUGGUUAUAAAACUCAGAUAAGGAGCACACUCAAUAAGCAGCUUAAUAACUCGCAGAGAUGUUUGUGGCCCGUAAAAUCUCGCAGACAGCUAGCCUGGCGGUGCGUGGCAAGCACACUCUGCCCAAGUUGCCCUACGACUAUGCCGCCUUGGAGCCGAUCAUCUGCCGGGAGAUCAUGGAGCUGCACCACCAGAAGCACCACCAGACCUACGUCAACAACCUGAACGCGGCCGAGGAGCAGCUGGAGGAGGCCAAGUCGAAGAGCGACACCACCAAGCUGAUCCAGCUGGCCCCCGCCUUGCGGUUCAACGGCGGAGGCCACAUAAACCACACCAUCUUCUGGCAGAACCUCUCGCCCAACAAUAGCCAGCCGAGCGAGGACUUGAAGAAAGCCAUUGAGUCGCAGUGGAAGAGUUUCGAGGAUUUCAAGAAGGAGCUGAGCACGCUGACCGUGGCGGUCCAGGGAUCGGGCUGGGGCUGGCUAGGCUACAACAAGAAGUCCGGCAAACUGCAGCUGGCUGCCCUGCCCAACCAGGAUCCCCUGGAGGCCUCCACCGGGCUGAUCCCUCUGUUCGGCAUCGACGUCUGGGAGCACGCCUACUACCUGCAGUACAAGAACGUGCGCCCCUCAUACGUGGAGGCCAUCUGGGACAUCGCCAACUGGGAUGACAUCUCUUGCCGCUUCCAGGAGGCAAAGAAGCUCAGCUGCUGAAUAUCAUAUACACCUGUAUGUCUACUCUAGCAUAGUCGGAUCGAAGAUCCCAAAUUGUAGUCUGAGUUGCAACUAAUAAAUUAGAAACAAAACGUCUGUUGAUUAAAAAUGUA